AUGGUCCAUUGCGUUGCGUCUCUUCCGCGUCGACAAAUAUACCUACAUACGCAACUCGUCUUAAUUGCGACCCAACUGGACCGCAGUGGUAGAUGUUUUGUGAGCUCCAUAACGGCCAGCGAGUGUCUCGUCUGCGAAAUGUUUGCUUUAAUUAUUAUUGGAAUGGAGGGUAAUUCUCUGUGGUUUUGUUCGGCUAGACUUGGCGAUGUUCCGAAAUGGGUAGCGAUGCAAAUUGCCUUGGCGGUCGCCCAACGCGGCGCUAUCAGCCCGGUAGCUUACAGUAACACCUUACUCGUACAGAUGACUCUUGACCUGUUGCUGUUUUUAAUAUAUAGAAAUGUAAUCAAAUAUGAAGUAACAUACGAAGCACUAAUGGCAUACUAUACUCCGUAUCGAGCCACUUUAAAAUUAUGCUCUAGUUUGGAAUCAGAGAAGCGUAAAUGA